UCUCGGGGUCUCUGCGCGCGCGAUGGAGGGAACCGGGGAAGGCUCUGGAGGAGGCCAGGCCGAGGUCCGGACCCCGGAGGAGUCCUUGGAAAGGACGGAAGUGGAGCAGCCUCAGGUCCCCGCGAAGGCGCCACAACCCGGGCUUCCCAACGGCAGCCCGAGCCCGGAGAGGGCCGGCGGGGAGGCGUCGGGCGCGGAGCUGCAGGAGCCCUCGGAGGAGAAGCCUCAGCCCCCCGCCCUGCCCGGUUCCCCGCGCGCGCCUCCGCUCAGCCUGGGCUACGGCGCCUUCCGUCGCCUGGGCUCCUGCAGCCGCGAGCUGCCGCCGCCGAGCCCCUCGUGGGCCGAGCAGCCCCGGGACGGCGAGGCCGAGCUGCAACCCUGGGCGGCGUCGGGGGAGCCGGGGCCCUGGGCGCCCGUGGAGCUGCAGGUGGACGUGCGCGUGAAGCCCGUGGGUGCGCCUGGGGCUAGUCGCGCGCCCUCGCCGGCGCCCUCCACGCGCUUCCUCACCGUGCCCGUGCCGGAGUCGCCCGCCUUCGCCCGCCGCUCGGCCCCCGCGUCCCAGCGGCUGCCGCGCGCCCCGUCACCGGGCUCCACGUGGGGCCGAGGCUCGCCGCUUGCCGCGACUGAGCGGGUCGGGCCGGCUGAGGCUUGCACGGUCUCCCCGGGCUCGCCCGCCUGCCGCUGCCGCUGCCGCUGCCAGGAGCCGGGGCUGACCAAAGAAGACACCGCGCUGCUGCAGCGCGCAGGAAUGGACAGCAAGAAACUGCCGCGGGCCAUCAGGCUCAUCGGGCUGUCCCUGUACAUGAAGUCCCUGCGCUGGGCUCUGGUGGUCAUGGCUGUGUUGCUGGCAGUCUGCACUGUAGCCAUUGUGGCACUGGCCUUUAGAGGUGGAGCCAGGUGCCAGCCAUGCCCUCAAGGCUGGAUGUGGUUUCAGGAACACUGUUACUAUCUCUCUGAAGAAGCUCAAGACUGGGAAGGAAGUCGGGCAAUCUGCUCAGCCCACCAUGCCACACUGCCCCUCCUGAGCCACACCCAGGACUUCCUAAGAAAAUACCAGGUCACCAAGGGCUUCUGGGUGGGGGCCCUACGAGGCCCCGAAGGCUGGCACUGGACCAAUGGGGUCCCCUUGCCAUCCCAACUGUUCCCGGAGGACAGUGAAGACCACCCAGACUUCAGCUGUGGGGGUUUGGAAGAAGGCAGACUCGUAGCUCUGAACUGCAGCUCUCCCAGACCCUGGGUCUGUGCCAGGGGAACCAAGUGACUUAGUCUGUCUGGAGCUAUAUUCAUUACCUUUGCUUUGGUGUGACCAAAAUAGCUGACAGAAACAACUUCAAAGAGGCAAGAGGGAGCAGGCUCAUGGUUUCAGAGGGUCACACCGGGCAGUUACCCAGUCCACAGCAGCGCAGGGAGCUCUGGAGCCAGGGGUGGGAGCAACCUGCAAAAGCCUGCCACCACUGACAUAACUCCACAAACCAGGAUCUUUGCAAAACUCCAAAAACUCUUCUGAGAUCCCAAGCAAACUUUUUAGCUGUGAGCCUCAAGUGACAUACUUCUAAUAUGCCAAGACACAGAAUAAAAUUACCAUUCCAAGAAAGUAGAAUGGCAAACUACGCAGGAAAGAUUAGACUAAUGCAAGACUGAAAUUCAUCAGAGCAGAACAACAGAAGAAGGGGACAAACUAUUCCGAGUUGUGAUCAUCUGCAGCUUUUGAGCUAUUGAUCUGCAAUAAAAUGCUGCCAAUAUUGCCUAAAACGUUGUUCCUUAUACUCCUGGAUGGAUCAAGCAAUCCUGUGAGACUGGCUGCAUCCCUAGGGUGACCCACAAGCCCAAAGUGGCCUUGCUCCACUAACCAUUCAGUGCUGCCUCCUGGCUGGAGGUAGAGGAUUGUCUUAGUGCUCUCAGUCACGCCCCUCUUCAGGGAAUGUUACCUCCAAGAAGUACCCCCAAAGUCGUCUCCAGGUCUUACCUCAGAAGUUACCCAGCAUAUCAUGUGCCACAUUACGUUGACAAACACAUUAGGGCCAUGGAGAAGAAUUGUCGGCCACGUACACUACCCAAGUAGCUUUUAUUCACUAGAUUUAUCAUCUCAGAGACUUACUGCCUCCCUCUGCUAACCUAGGCCUAGUAUUAAAAGCUUUAGCCGCUGUACAAUCUAAUCUAGGCCAAGAAUAU